AUGAAACUGGUGGAUUCUAGUGCAGCGCUGGAUGGGAAACUGUUGGAUUCUAGUGCAGCGCUGGAUGUGAAACUGGUUGGAUUGGAGUGCAGUGCUGGAUGUGAAACUGGUGGAUUAGAGUGCAGUGCUGGAUGUGAAAGUGGUGGAUUAGAGUGCAGUGGUGGAUGUGAAACUGGUGGAUUAGAGUGCAAUGGUCGAUGUGAAACUCGUGGAUUAGAGUGCAGUGCUAAAUGUGAAAUGGGUGGAUUAGAGUGCAGUUCUAAAUGUGAAACUUGCAGCGGUGGAUGUGAAAGUGAUGGAUUACAGUGCAGUGCUGGAUGUGAAAGUGGUGGAUUAGAGUGCAGCGGUGGAUUUGAAAGUGAUGGAUUAGAGUGCAGUGGUGGAUGUGAAACUGGUGGAUUAGAGUGCAGUGCUGGAUGUAAAAGUGGUGGAUUAGAGUGCAGUGGUGGAUGUGAAACUGGUGGAUUAGAGUGCAGUGGUGGUUGUGAAACUGGUGGAUUAGAGUGCAGUGGUGGAUGUGAAACUCAUGGAUUAGAGUGCAGUGCUGGAUGUGAAAGUGGUGGAUUAGAGUGCAGUGUUGGAUGUGAAAGUGGUGGAUUAGAGUGCAGUGCUGGAUGUGAAACUGGUGGAUUAGAGUGCAGUGUUGGAUGUGAAAUUCAUGGAUUAGAGUGCAGUGCUGGAUGUGAAAGUGGUGGAUUAGAGUGCAGUGUUGGAUGUGAAAGUGGUGGAUUAGAGUGCAGUGCUGGAUGUGAAAGUGGUGGAUUAGAGUGCAGUGGUGGAUGCGAAAGUGGUGGAUUAGAGUGCAGUGGUGGAUGUGAAACUCGUGGAUUAGAGUGCAGUGGUGGAUGUGAAAGUGGUGGAUUAGAGUGCAGUGGUGGAUGUUAA